AAGCGGCGCUUUACAGCGCUUACACACUACAUUACCCAGAAUGCCGGCCAUCGUCAUACGUCAACGGCAAUCACAGUUGCAUCUCCAACAUGGCGUCGCUGGGAAGGAGGCGCGGUGUCCCAGUAAGCAGGGAGAGGGGAGUGAUGGCGGCGUCCGACUGCUACAUUGUGCACGAGAUCUACAACGGGGAGAACGCACAGGACCAGUUUGAGUACGAGUUGGAGCAGGCGCUGGAGGCCCAGUACAAAUACAUCGUCAUCGAGCCCACGCGGAUCGGCGACGAGACGGCCCGCUGGAUCACCGUGGGCAACUGCCUGCACAAGACGGCCGUGUUGUCGGGCGCCGCCUGCCUCCUGACGCCGCUUUCGCUGCCCGCCGAGUACUCGCGCUACGUGGCGCUGCCCGCCGGCGCCCUCAGCGUGGCCUGCUCCGCCCUCUACGGCAUUUCAUGGCAGUUUGACCCCUGCUGCAAGUACCAGGUGGAAUACGACAGCCAAAAACUCUCGCGGCUGCCCCUGCACACACUGACCUCCUCGACGCCCGUCGUACUGGUACGCAGAGAUGACGUCCACAGAAAGAGACUCCAUAACACGAUAGCGCUGGCUGCCCUGGCGUAUUGCGUCAAGAAGAUCUAUGAACUCUAUGCGGUAUGAGUGCACACUGAAGAGGAUUUAAAAAAAAAACAAAAAAAACAACGAGAAAAAACAAGGAAAAAACAAAAAAAACGGAACCAACCCACCCUGAGAUGUAAGACAAGUGGAUCAGGCCCAGCAACGAGCUCCACGCGUGGUGGGUGCCUCCAUUUUUUGAACUUCGAUCAGAGGGAUAUAGUUAAAACUAGAAGGAAUUGUUUUUUCCCCCCUCCCCAUAUAUUUCCUUUACUUCUAAGUGACGACAAACCGCACACUCAUGCCCGUAGUUCUCUCGCGCCCCCUCCUCCCCUGCAUCCUCGACACUCGACAAGCUCGUGCACGAAAGGCCGCGAUGGAAAAGCUCCUCUGGACCGACUCGUAUCGGGAGUAGAAGUGGACAGACAUGUUUUGUGCUCUCCCCCCCCUUCUUUCCCUCGUAGUUUUACUGUACCCCUUUCUUGCUGAUCAGUACACACACCCUUUCAUUAAACAUUAGGAUAUUUCAAAAAUCAACUUUCUGUAUGUUAUUUUGCUUUUUGUUUUCAUUAAAUGGAUUCUACAUGAUGUUCAGAAAAUA